AUGAAGAAGGCUGAAUCUCUAGAUGUGACAAGAUUGGGGUGUUGCACAACCUCAACAGCCAACAUCAUGUGUGGAAGCUACUACGGAAACUAUUAUGGAGGCUGCGGCUACGGGGGCUGUGGCUAUGGAGGCUGCGGCUACAGAGGCUGCGGUUAUGGAGGCUGUGGCUAUGGAGGCUGCGGCUACGGAGGCUGUGGCUAUGGAGGCUGCGGCUAUGGAAGCUCUGGCUACAAAGGCUGUGGCUACAGAGGCUGUGGCUAUGGAGGCUGUGGCUACAGAGGCCUGGGCUGCGGCUAUGGCUCCUGCUAUGGCUGUGGCUCUGGCUGUGGCUACUAG